AUGCGCUGGACUCAAGAAAACGAGCAGAUUCUGCUGAGAACCAUCUUCGCUACUCAGGACAUUCACCUCAACCUUGACGAGAUUGCUGAGGCCUGGCCCGGCGAUGAGAAGCCCACUCCGAAGGCUCUGAGCGAGCAGUUGCACAAGUACAGAAAGAACGGAAACGGGACCAACAAGGUCACUUUCAGCGGAGCCAAGCGCAAGGCAGAUGACUCUGGUCCCGUUACCCCUCGCAAGAAGGCCAGCCCGAAGAAGGCAUCCCCUAAGAAGGCAACCCCUAAGAAAGGUGGAAAGGAGGCUCAGGGCGAUGCUGCUGAGGAUGGCAUGGUUAUGAAGGAGAGCGAGGACGGAUAUGCUUAG